AUGGUAUCUCGUUUUGCAGCAUUUGCAUUAUUCCUAGUCAGUGUCAACGCAUCGUUGACAGGACCUACAAAUAUAUUACCAACGUUACCAAAUGCAAUUAUAAAAUCAGAAAAUUCUCAAUGCCAACAUGAUAGUUUAAAGCUACAGUUGGGUCUGCAAAAUAUGACUCUAUGGGCACAACAAAUGUGGGAUGCAUCAGCGAAACAAGCAGUGGGUCUGUUGUCGGGAAACAGAUUCCAGUUAGGAGACUUUGACGAGUGCCUGCAGGUAGCUAAACCUAUUAAGGCCCAAUACUGUCUCGUUGAUGUCAAACUUGAUGUGCCGUCUCAAUAUUCCUAUGCCGACCCACUGGCUAGAGAAUAUGAUCCGUUAUUACCAGCUUGGCACAAAAUUUACGUAAGAAAAGUUUUUUCCGCCUCUAGUGGUGAAUUAAAUCCACAAACAGUACAUAAUAUAGCACUAUUAUGUUAUUUUUUCAACGCAUGCGUUUAUCAAAAUAUAAUAGAUCAUAAACGUUAUCUCUUAUAA